AUGCAUCUCCUCCUACUUCUUCUUGGGGUUUUGAUAACCAUUCUGUUUGAUUUGCAUCCAAAACACACAGUAUUGGUUUCACUUGCGCCCCUGAAUGUGCAGUUAGUUUCGUUUUUACCAUAUAAUGUGCCCAGCACGAUUUCUUUGCCAUUUACCGGAAGCGCUUUAACCUUAGCCCUGCAAAAGGUCAAUCAUGAAUACGCGGAGUUUCUAAAUAUAUCUUUGGCGACACUAUUUGAAAAAUCGGAUAAAACAUGCGCUGACGCCUCGGCUACCAUGCCUGCAAUUGUGGCGGAUUAUUAUUAUGGGCAUGCGAGAAAUUACUGCAUUGGUUUAAUCGGAGCAAGAUGGGAUACGCUGAUUUUCACAAAUGGCUGGGUGGAUCGGAAUUAUCUUUCACCUGGAGCAAGUCCGACCGCUAUUGCUCUCAGCGGAACCUAUUACGGAGUUGUGUUGGUAAUCAUAAAACUUCUCCGUCGGCAAAACUGGCUUCAUGUUUCGGCGCUGCUGGACACUACGGCUGCACCGAGCUACUACACCGAUAUGGCCAAUGCUCUCAAAAUGGAGUGUGCCCGCGCGUCGCCGGGGGAAUCCCCCAUCGCUGCGGAUGUACUGAAAUUUGACGGCCAAGGAAAUUCAAGUCUUUGGGAAGUUGUGCUACGUACCGCCAAAAAACGGAGCCGAAUUAUAAUAUUUUUCACCGUAAUCCCUGUGAUGAUCAAAAUUCUGAGAGUAGCAUAUCCAAUGGGCAUGGGAUCAGGGGAUUACGUAUUCAUUGUGAUAGAAGCCACACAACAAGCGAUAUACGGCGCUGCAAGCCUUUUCGACGAUCCAACGUCCACUUCGGAUAUGCUGAUUUUCCGAUCCGUGAUAUAUUUUACAAGCAGACCGGCACAUGCAGUAGACAGUCUUGCUUUAAACGGUGACAUUGCGCGGAAAACGCUUAAAGAUUACGGUACACGCUACGAAUUAGGAAUUCAGCCCUUUGACCUUUUUUCGGUGGCGGCUUCUUAUGACAGCGUAGAAAUGUUGGCAUGGGCUGUAAAUCAGACUCUGGCGGAGGUUGGUGCGGAUACCUUUCACUGCAGCGGGAAAAAACUGGCCCGUCGUUUGAUAAAUCAUGACCUAAACCUGACGACGGGAAUAUCUCGAGUAACAGCUGAUGGAUCACGGAAUUUAGCGAUGGACAUUUACGGCUUUAACAACAAUACUAAAAAAAUGCAGUUAUUCAUGUGGUACGAUCCUGCGCUGGAUAUUUUACGUCCAGUUGUGAAUUAUAGUCUAUCGAAUAACUGGCCCUUUCCAGUUGCAUUCCCUCCACCGGAUAUACCGCUAUGCGGCUUUUCUGGGGCAGAGGGCAUUUGCUCGCAUCAAAACGAUUACUGGACGCCAAUCGGGUCCUCGAUUGCCGCUGUUUUUGUCAUCCUUGCUUUCGUUGGUGUGAUGAUUAGAAGACACGCCAAAAGCAAGGUCAUCCAACAAUGGUUGCUUACGGACGAACAACUAGUUUUUGAUUCAGCUCAACAAACAGUCCCUCCUCCGACACACAACGAUGACAAUUUUUCCAGUUCUGCCACAUUUCGCGGAACAAGUGUGUGGGCAAAAAGGAUGCAGUGGGACAAUUUGGAAGCACCGGUAGCGGUCUUACACGAUCAGUGGCUCUUUCCAGCGCUGGCUCGAAUUGACCACAGGAAUGUUUCCCGAUUUAUUGGGUUGUGCAUUAGCGGCAAAGGUCAUAUGGCUUGGGCCAUUUCUUCUUCGCAUCAGAGAGGUUCUUUGGACCGUUUGCUAACAACAAUGGAUAUGCAUUUUGACUGGGAGUUUAAAACGUUCCUAAUAUCAGACAUUAUUGAGGGUUUACUAUACAUUCACACCUCUCCUAUCAAGUACCACGGUUUUUUAGCAUUAAAGAAGUGUCUCGUGGAUUCGCACUUUACUGUUGCCAUCGGAUCGUUAGGAUUUCAACAAAUGAAGACAACACUCAACCCGUCAUUGACGCAACACACAGGGAAUAAAACAAAUGACCGCAGAAAUAAUAAGGCAUUACCUUUACGGAAUGCUUCGGCCAUUUCAGCCACGCAGCUGCUGGACAUAACAGUUCUGAAAAAAAUCGUAUCAACCAUCUUCUUUCCAAGCCCACAAGAGAGACAAUCUAACAACGACUUGCAGCGGCAUACGGAGAUUAAUAACACAAACCCGGAUAUGUCGAUUAAACGCUUUGUCGAUUCGUUUGAUACUACAAGGUACGAAAAUAUAUCCCAGAUUCGUAUAGCCUUACACAGAAUGGUCGGACGACAGAGCAAAAAUGUCAUCGAAUCCAUCCUCCUCAAAGUGACCGCAUAUGCGGCAACUUUGGAAGAAUCGGUUAGCGCGAGGACAGCCGAGCUGAAAGCCGAACAAGCGAAAGCCGACCGUUUACUGGCGGAAAUGCUACCCCGAUCCAUUGUCGAAAGCUUGCGAAACAAAGUCGCGAUAAAUCCUGAAUAUUUCGACUGCGUUACAAUAUCCUUCUCAGAUAUGCCGGGCUUUGUUGGAUGGGUGGCUACAGCAGACAUCGGUUCGGUCAUUGCCACUUUAAACACCAUCUAUGUUGCUUUUGAUACGGAAAUUCAAAGGUUUGAUGUUUACAAAGUGGAAACCAUUGGAGACACAUAUAUGGUCGCCAGUGGACUUCCGGUCCGAAAUGGCUCAACGCAUGCCGUCGAAAUCAGCUAUAUGGCGAAGUCUUUGUUAGCGAAUUUCGAGACCCUGGGAAUGCAGAAGAAAAACAUACAUCUGCGCUUCGGAGUUCGUGUGCGGCUGGAGUAA